CAGAAAACCAGUUAAUAUCUACCUGAGGAGUUUCACUGCAUGAAAUGAAGAGGAUGACGCUUUGCGUUAAGAAUCGCCUGUGUGUCUGCACCUCUCCUUUGCUCGCCUGUGAGGUUGUCAUAGUAAAAAAGCAAGUGGCCGUUAAUGGGUCGCUUGGACGCACAGGUUAAAAGCCGAUAGCGCUAGCGGGCAGGCUAGACAGUUGCUCUCGUUAUGCCCGCGCCCUGUGUGUGUGUGUUCAGUACUCAGCACGCCUCACACCAUACAGCUGCAUCAGGUUUUAAACGCAGUGGUAUUAGUAAUAAUUAUUUUACAAUUUCUGGACUUGAGGACUACAUACUUUUUAUGUAUUUAUUUGUUCUAGUCAAAGACUUCUGAAAGAACACAGAAGGAUAAAACCCAAGAGCUGUUUGAAGAGGUAUCGUGUUCGUCGACGUCUUUGUCACCCGGCUCCUCACUUCAUACCAUGACCGAGAAAGCCAUCUGUACCAGCUGUGGCACUGAGAUCAUCGACAAAUAUCUGUUGAAGGUGAACGACAUGUGUUGGCACGUGAGAUGCCUGUCUUGCAGUGUGUGCCAAACAUCUUUGGGCAGACACAUCAGCUGUUACAUAAAAGAGAAGGAGAUAUUCUGUAAAUUGGACUACUUCAGGAAGUAUGGAACGCGUUGUGCUCACUGUGGUAGGAACAUCCAUUCAAACGAUUGGGUCCGUAGAGCAAAAGGAAACACUUACCACCUGGCUUGUUUUGCUUGCUUCUCUUGCAAGAGACAGUUGUCCACAGGAGAAGAGUUUGCCUUGGUAGAUGAGAGGGUUCUGUGUCGUGUGCACUAUGACUGCAUGUUGGACAACCUAAAACGUGUCAUGGAGAAUGGAAAAGGAGUGAAUGCGGAGGGAGCUGUUACCUCAGAUCAGGAAGUAAAUCAGCCUAAACCAGCCAAGAGGGCGCGGACAAGUUUUACAGCUGACCAGCUACAGGUAAUGCAAGCCCAGUUUGCUCAGGACAACAAUCCAGAUGCCCAGACUUUACAAAAGUUGGCAGAAAGAACUGGUCUAAGCCGGAGGGUUAUUCAGGUUUGGUUUCAGAACUGUCGAGCUCGUCAUAAGAAGCAUGUUAGCCCAAACCACUCUUCAGCCACACCAGUGUCAUCUCUGCAGUCCACUCGGCUUUCUCCUCCUCUAAUAGAUGAAUAUCAGUACACUGCUUUUGCCCCUGUAGACACCCCUAUGCUGAGUGCGCUACACUCCUAUAUGGAUGUCCACUCUCCCUCUUCACUGGUUCUGCAGCCCCUCCUGCCCCACUCAAUGACACAGCUGCCCAUCAGCCAUGCCUAAGAUGUCCACUGCUGCUGCCACAUGGUCAGGUCAGAGUCCAGAGGACAGCAUGAGGAAAUAUUGAUUCGUAUACGGACUAUUGAACAAGACCCAUGCUACUUUCUUUCAUGGGCACUUACUGAAGGAUAUCGGUCUUGCAAUGUUUAAAGUCUUAAUUGUGAAAAUCCUGAAGUUUUUGUUAAUAUAUAAAUAUCUAUAUAGUGAUGGAAUUAAUUUAAUUUAUUUCUUGUAUGUGAUUGAGCACUUCGUUUUAAAAUGACUACCUUGGAGUUAUUAGUUUCUGGUUUAGUUGACAAUAAAAAAAAAUUUUUUUUUUUUUUUUUUUUUUGAUUGCUCUAAUUGGAAGGUGAAAAAAAACAAUAAAAUUGGAUUUGUCUCUAGCAUUGAUAAAAUGAAAGCUUUUGUUUUAUUUAAUACUGAUUCUGAGAACUUUUAGUUGAAUCAUCCGAGGUUUGAGUUAUUUUGUGAUUUUGAGAGAUGGCUUGAAAAACUUAUAAACUUAACAUUUACUGUGCUUCUCGGAACCUCAUAGGAAACCAUUCUAAUUGAGCAAUAAACUAAACUGGUUAUUAAAUGCUGUUUUAAAUUCGAUUACAAACAUUGUGAAUCAUAAAAAAAAGUAAAGUUCAAACACAAAUGUUCACGAUGCAUCCAUAAUUGUACAUUUGUAAAAUGUUAAAUUAGAUUUCUUUGUGGCAUACAAAGUGUUGUUUUGUAUAAGUCUUUCACUUUGACGCUGUUCAUUUUUAUAUUUUGGUCUGAUAUCAUGCUUAAUCUUUGUACACCUCAGAGACAGUGAAAUAAAAAGCAGUUUGCUAGGAUAUCACUAUUGUAUGUUUAAAUAAAAUGUGACAUGCAUGCACUGGACUGACUAUGAUCAAAUAUAGCCCAAUGAUUGAUUGAAGUAGUCUUCUUGCAAGACCUGAGGAUCUUUCUCAGCAAGUUGGUUGUGUAAAAGGCUUGUGCAGCAGAUUAAUUUAGUAGGCAUAAGGAUGAUUUUAUGUGCACAUGUGGGUUAAACAGCAAGGUUUAACUUAUCCCAAACUAAGAGCAAUUUCCGUUAUCUUCAGUAUUAUGUUAUUAAAAUGCUUAUGAUUAAAAUAUCUUUGUAGGGUCAAACACAAAUUCAGCUGUUUUUGAUUAAAUCCACAAAACAUAUAUCUUUUUUUUAAAUUGGGGAGUGUGGAAGUUUUAAUGCAUUUCAAUGGCAUUUUAUGAAUAAGAUAAAUGUUUGUUAGUAAGAGAUUGACCAUAGCUGUGCUGCAUUGUUUGACCACUUGAAAAUGAAAAUGUAUUUAAGAAUUUUGCAAAAUGGACAUGAGGGAAAUAAUUCAGGGAAAUGUAUUUUUUUGAAUUAUUUAAUUUAGAUCUAUAUAAAUUGUAGUAAAAAAAAAAAAACACCACUCAUAAAAUAAUACAAAAGUGUUGUAAUCUAGGAUUACAGAAUGAUAGCACUAGUAACUCACUACCUAAAUUGCUCCAGACGUUGUUGAGCAGGACCGUUCUUUAUUUCCAAUUAUUCUCAUAUGCUUCAAGAAAAGGACUUAACAAUAGUUAACUAUUCAUUAAGCAUCUAUAAAUCAACUGUUACAGUAGGAGAUAAAGUGCUUAUUUUUCACUCUCACUGAACUUGCCAAUACUAAAGGAGGCAUGUACUGUAUGUUUAAGGACUGUUUUUCUCCAUGUCACAUCACUUGCAAUGACAAAAUAAAAUAUUAUGAAAGUC